CGGCAGCUUCGCGCUUUGGCCCCCCGCGCGGCCCGUCGCCCGGCGCCGCGGCGGGAAAAUCCGACUGGGCCUUCCCGGCCGCCGCCUCUUUCUGUCAUCGCGGGCCUGCCAGGAUCCGCUCGCGGUGAUGAUGGAGGAGGAGAAGGGGGCCGAGGAGCAGCAGCGAUUCUCUUACCAACAGAGGCUAAAGGCAGCGGUUCACUACACUGUUGGCCAUCUUUGUGAGGAAGUUGCGUCGGACAAAGAGAUGCAGUUCAGCAAACAAACCAUUGCAGCGAUUUCGGAGGUGACUUUUCAACAGUGCGAAAAUUUUGCCAGAGACCUUGAAAUGUUUGCAAGACAUGCGAAAAGAAGCACCAUUAACACUGAAGAUGUGAAGCUCUUAGCCAGGAGGAGUAAUUCACUGCUAAAAUACAUCACAGAGAAAAAUGAAGACAUCGCUCAGUUUAACCUGGAACGAAAAGCAAAGAAGAAAAAGAAGUUAGAGGAUGAAAACAAAAAUUCAGUGGAGCCAGCAGAGGCUAGUGUAGUGGAAAGUGAGAAUUAAAGUCUGUCGCCGUUUGGAAAAAGCAGCCUUCAGGUAGAGCCACUAAAAACACGUAUUGCCAACAAAGGGUUUUGAAAGGGUAAGUGGAGAUUACAAAAAAAAAAGGCUUGGGGGCUUUUUGUACUGUAUUGUCCAAGUCACUGACUGCAAAAGGUGGUUUAAAAGAGAACUGGAAACUCUUAAGCAAAAUACUCCCAUGUCUUACUGAAGCACAUGAAAAAAGUGUGUGUUUGAAUGGUAUAUAUUGGAAAUUGUAUCUAU